AUGUCCAACACAAACGACCGUCUUCGCCUGAAAGAUAAGAUCUUGUCCAAUGUUGCGAAAGCCAUAAAAGCAAUUCAGCAAUACAGCUAUUCCUAUAGUGAAACAGGGUUGAUUUUAUCUAAUACAGAUUGGCAGUGUCACAAACUGUGUGAAAAUCUGGAUCAUGCUUUACUACAUGGGUUACGCCACAUCACAAAUGGAUAUUGGAGAGUGGUUACAGAGUACACUAGGAAGGGCACAGUGAAAGAAAUACAGAGAUACAAUAGAGUUACCACAAAUCUUGGCAGAGGAAGAGCAUGGUUAUAUUUAGCCCUUAAUGAAUGUCUACUAGAAAGUUAUAUAAGAUGUUUAAUGGAGGAUGAAAAACAUAUUAAAAAGUAUUAUGUCAAGGAAGCGUUACUUCUAGAUCAACAGAGAAUGAAUGUAUUAUUGACAUUGACAUCUGGUUUAGAUUUUGUUACAUUCCAGUUAGACCCAGUAAGUUUGCUCAAUAUUCUUAAAUAA